AUGUCGACCGACGAUUGCCCCACGUCUACUGGUCGCUUAUUCAUCACUGACCGCGCCUCGAAGACCCAGUUUUUGGUCGACACUGGAAGCGACCUCUGCGUCUUCCCACGGUCGCUGCUACGAGAUCGUCGUGCCCGGACCACAUAUCAGCUAAGUGCAGCAAAUGGUUCAUGUAUUAACACUUAUGGUUAUGUGUAUUUAAAUUUAGACUUUGGUUUACGUCGAAUAUUUUCGUGGCGUUUCGUAGUUGCAGAUGUAACUAAGGCUAUCAUAGGUGUAGAUUUUUUAAAUCACUAUAACAUUAUUGUAGAUUGUCGAAAUAAAUGUAUAGUUGAUAAUACCACGUGUGUAACAGCCACUGCCUCACGAGUUAAAUUUAAUAAUAUUUUAUCAAUAAAAAUCUUAACUGAGGAGACAAAAUACCAUAAAAUAUUGGCAGAAUUUCCCGAGAUCACUCGACCAGCAGGUAUGCACCGCACCACACCACACAACACUGUACACCAUAUCCGCACGACACCAGGUCCACCAGUAUCUUGCACACCACGUCGCCUCGCUCCAGAUAGACUUAAAAUUGCUCGACAAGAAUUUCAAUCUAUGCUCGAUAACGGAAUAGUCAGACCAUCGGAAAGCCCGUGGUCUUCACCACUACAUUUAGUCCCUAAAAAAGAUAAUGGCUGGCGUCCCUGCGGAGACUAUAGAAUGUUGAAUGCCCGUACUAUACCCGAUAGGUAUCCAAUUAGGCAUAUUCAGGACUUCGCACACAGUAUUUCAGGCUGUACCAUCUUUAGUACACUUGACCUUGUCAGGGCCUAUAACCAAAUACCGGUCCAUCCUGACGACAUUCCAAAAACCGCAGUAACAACACCUUUCGGCCUGUUUGAAUUUGCUUUCAUGAAUUACGGUUUGAAAAACGCGAGCCAAACGUUCCAGAGGUUCGUAGACGAAAUGACUCGGGAGUUAGACUUUUGUUAUUGCUACUUAGAUGAUUUUCUAAUAUUUUCAAAGGACGAGGCUCAACAUGAAGUACAUUUACGUAAAAUAUUUAGCAUACUUAAGGGAUAUGGCAUGUUAAUAAACACGUCUAAGUGCGUUUUCGGUGCCCGAGAAAUAUCUUUUUUAGGAUAUAGCAUCUCGGCGUCAGGCACCAAACCACUUGACUCGAAAAUCGAAGCCAUUAAAAAAUUUCCAUUGCCUACUGACGUACGUCAGCUACGACGUUUCUUAGGCAUGAUCAAUUUUUACAGGCGCUUCUUGCCACGUAUGGCAGAAAAGCAAGCGCCACUUAACAAUUUAUUAAAAGGCGUACUGAAAAAUAAACAGCCAAUCAUUUUAUCAGGCGAAUCUUUAAAAGCUUUCGAGGCCUGCAAAGAAAGUCUUUCUGACGCUGCAUUGUUAGCGCAUCCCGAUUGCCAGGCAAAACUCGCUCUUGUCACAGACGCUUCGGACAAGGCAAUAGGAGCUGUAUUACAACAGCUGAAAGACGACGAAUGGCAGCCCUUAGCUUUUUUCUCACGCAAACUUAGCACGUCUCAAAAAAAAUAUUCACCUUAUGACAGGGAGCUUCUGGCAAUAUAUGAGGCAAUCAAAUACUUUCGCCACAUGCUGGAAGCUAGAAAUUUUAUAGUGUACACUGACCAUAAGCCGAUCAGUUUCGCAUUUCACGAACGAAAAAGAAACUGUUCUCCUAGGCAGUACAGACACUUGGAUUAUAUAUCUCAAUUCACCACAGACAUCCGACACAUUUCUGGCAAGGACAAUGUUGUUGCCGACACUUUGUCCCGGGUUGAAGUUUUGGAAGCUCCGAUAGACCUCGAAGCUUUAGCAAAGAGUCAGGUUUCUGAUCCCGAGUUAGAAAAGCUUAUCCGAGAAGGCUCUUCACUGCGUCUUGAAAAAUUAACCAUACCUGGAAGCCGUAUUUCAUUAUACUGUGACGUCAGUACACCGACUUCCAGGCCGUUUGUGACAAAGUUUUUUCGGAAGCAAGUAUUUGAUAGCUUACAUUCCUUAAGUCACCCAGGCGCAAAUGCUACUGCUAAAUUAGUAUCCGAGAGAUUUGUUUGGCCGAACGUUAGGAAGAACUGUCGUGAAUGGGCUAAAAGUUGCUUAUCAUGCCAACGAUCCAAAGUAAGUCGACAUGUUACAACCCCACUUGGCACAUUUAAGCUACCUCGUGCACGUUUUAAACAGAUCCAUAUAGAUUUAGUCGGACCGUUACCACUAUCGGAGGGCUACCGCUAUUGUUUAACGUGUGUCGAUCGUUUUACACGUUGGCCCGAAGUCGUCCCAAUUACCAACAUAACAGCAGAAACAGUCGCUAAGGCAUUGCUGUCUUGUUGGAUAUCUCGAUUCGGUUGCCCAACAGAAAUAGUUACAGAUCGCGGACGUCAGUUUGAGUCUGCGCUAUUUCAACACCUUGCAAGAAUAGCGGGAUUUCAACACCGACGAACAACUGCUUACCACCCCGCAUGUAACGGUCUAGUGGAGCGUUUUCAUAGGCAACUGAAGGCGUCCAUAAUGUGCCACGCACGAGAUAAGUGGACCGAGUCAUUACCGUGGAUAUUGUUGGGCAUACGCAGUUCGUUUAAGGAAGACUUACAGGCGUCUUCCGCCGAAUUACUUUAUGGCGAACCAUUAAGGCUGCCUGGUGAAUUCUUUGAGCCUCAAGACAACAGCGCAGCGGAUAUGACUGAGUUCAUAUCCCGCUUACGCAGUUUCGCACAAAAAUUACACCCAGUGCCAGCAUCUCGCCAUAAUAGUAAUAAAGUUUUUAUUUUUAAAGAUCUCGCUAACAGUGAACACGUCUUCCUACGGGAGGAUGCAUCUCGUGGAUCCCUCCAGCCCGCGUAUAGUGGACCACACAAAGUGUUGGCUAGGUCAGACAAAACCUUCAAUAUAUUAAUUAAUGGUAAAUCAUCCACAGUGUCUGUUGAUCGACUUAAACCAGCCUAUAUAUUGUGUGAAGCCCCAAAUCAAGAUCAUGUACAAAACUAUAAUUUGAAUGAAUAUAUAACUCGUUCAGGACGUAGAUUACGCGAACACUACACAUUGAAUAAAACUACUUUUGCGGAUUCUAUCGCAUUUAAUUAA